AUGGCUGAGCGCAACGCCCUCAUAACACCAUCAAGCUGGCAAGCGCCGCCGGCACAGACGGAUGACGUCGGCAUGAACGGCCAGCAAACCACACUCAAGGAGGACGAGCCAGCAGCACGUGAUGUUGGCUUGCCGGAGCCUUACAAAUCGUUCUUGGGAGAGUCAGAGAAAAGAUAUGCAAGGAAAGAAGCAGUAGAAGCAGCUGCCAAAGACUAUGACAAAAAGCUAGAGGGGAAGGAGUUGGAUCGUGAGAAGGAUUUGAGGCAUCUAAAGCUUGAAUUCAUUCUCCACGUCGACGGUCUCAAGCGAAAGAAUGAAGAGCUGCAGAUCACGAUUGACGCCUUCCACAUGCUGUUUGAGAAGAUGCGCGGCGAGCAUACGACAGAGAUCCAUGAACUUACUCAAGCUAUGCAGCUACUUUGGAGUGAACUGUAUGCCAAGGACAAGGAGCUCAAGGUCAUGUAUGACGCGCACGAUGCUCUGGUCAAGAAAGUCGACGAGGAGAGGGCGGAGUUACCGAAGAAGCUGGCCGACGCUGCGAGGGAUGCGCUUGCUCUUCAAUCCAACGCACUCAAGUUAUCUGACAAUGCCGUUGUUGCAAAAGGCCCUGCGUUAGUACACGAUAUCCCUUACCACUGA